AUGACCCAUCAUACCGCCGCUAAUUCCCCAGACACCGAAAUUUCUCACCCGUACUUCCCACGCGACGCGCCCAUCCAGAACUAUGCGCCAAACGUCGCGUCAUUGCCCGUUAUCCUCGUCGGCUUUGGCGCCCUUAUCUCAGUCUUUGUGCACCGUGUAGUAGUCGUUGCACGCAGGUGCAAUCCGGAGCUGAAGAAGGGCUAUGGGGACCAGCUUGUUGUGGCGUGGUUCGCGUUGUGCGGAUGGUUGCAUAUCUUUUUUGAGGGAUAUUUCGUUCUAAACCAUGCGACUCUCGCGUCUUCUCAGUCUCUGUUCUCGCAACUAUGGAAGGAAUAUGGACUGUCGGACUCACGUUAUCUCAGCUCUGACCCGUUUAUGCUUUGCAUCGAGACAUUGACGACUCUCAUCUGGGGUCCCUUAUCCCUCCUGACAGCUUACUACAUCACCCAAGGCAAGAAGAAGCAGGCCCAACGUCACAUCGUCCAGAUAAUUGUCUGCAUCGGUCACCUCUAUGGUGUCGCGCUCUAUUAUGGCACAUGCGGCUAUGCUGAGCGCAUGCGUGGUAUUGUCUUCAGCCGACCCGAGUUCAUGUACUACUGGGUCUAUUAUGCUGGCCUGAAUGCGCCGUGGGCCAUUGUCCCAGCUGUGCUUCUCUGGCAGAGUAUCAAGGAGAUUGUGAGGGCGUUCGAUAAGGCUGGCCAAGAUGGAGGCCAAAAAGAGGACAGGAAGGCAAAUUAA